AUGCCUACCGCCACUGAGUUCUGGGGCUUCAAUGCCCAUAACAUGGGUCCUCUGACGACAACAUUCACCGCGCCAUCCAGUUGCGCAACCGGGACAGACCAUCAUGUUUUUGUCAACGCAAGUGAACCUGUUAGGAUUUUCGGCGUUCCUACAUGCGGUCCUAUGACAUUUGGGGAUUGUAUUCCCAGCGCGAGUUUAUGGGAAUCCAUCCAUGAACAGACCACCGAGUUUGUGCAAGGACAAUACGCUUAUUUUUCACCUGGCCUAGCUUGUCCUUCGGGUUGGAGUACUGUGGGAACUCUAGCACAUGGUGGCGAUGGUGAUGACAAGGCUAGUGCAUCGGGUGCCCCGGAAAGCCCAGACUGGGAUGAAUUCAGGAAUCCCAAUUACCUUCAUCCAACUGAUGAUUACCGAGCAGAUGCCUAUGGACAGUGCGUCUCUACUAUCGGUCCGACAGAGUCGUACACCUAUUCCGAGAUGUGCUUGACCUUCAACAGAGACAAGAUGCUACCUGUCAGUACUUGGGAUGGCAGCACUUUGACAGAUAAUCGGCUGGCGUCUUUUGCUUCUGCAACAGAUGAGCCCAUGACGACGCUGGAUGAUCUUUUCUUGACUGGGACUGCGGUUGAGAAGUACUGGGCUAUUGCAACUUAUGUACCUGCCGUGCAGCUGGUCUACAAGGAAUCUGACAAGGAGGAUUCCAAGGAUGAUGAAAAAGAAAGCGACGAUAAGGAUGAUGAAGAUGGCAAUGCCGCCUCAACUACGACUCCACGAUCAGGAGUUGCGAGUGUGCUCGGUAUUACUUUGGGACUGCUCGCAGGAGCUGGAAUGCUCCUGUAG